CCUAAUGAUGGUAUUUAUAGGCCUAACUUUAACUCGUACAAGGAAACUAAUCUUGGAAGUGUCAUCAUGUCAUACCACAGUUUCCUUGGUUGCUUCCUGAUCCUUUUUCUGGUCGUGUCGAGAGGUGGAAGAUGCGAAGCAGGGGAGGCCAAUACAAGUAUGAUACAAUAUGGAGGUCGAAUUGUUUGUUAUGUGACACGGACGUCCUACAUGCCAGUGACUGAUAUUCCUGACCGUCUGUGUACACACAUAAUUGUGGCCUUCGCAGAAAUCAAAGGUCUUAUGAUGGCUGCACUCUCCUCCAAAGAUGAAAUGUUCUAUAAUGGAGUGACCAAGCUGAAGUUUACUAAUCCCGCUCUGUCUGUUCUGAUCUCUCUCCAGCGGGACUUCACCGAUGUAAUUCUGGCUACGGAUCAACAGAAACAAGACUUCGCUUUGGACCUCUACAACUACGUUAAAAAGUAUAACUUUGAUGGGGUGGACUUUGACUGGGAGCCUAAUCAAGUUACCCCGGAAAAAAAACAAGGCUACAUGAAAAUCAUACAGAUUGUACGAAGUACCUUUGAUAAUGAGACCAGUGUCCUAGGCACGGCUCCCAAACAGAUGUCCGCUGCUCUGAUACCCAGCAUUCCCAGGUCACGGAUGUACGAUAUACCUGGCCUGGCUAAAGUUUUGGACUUUGCCACAGCCAUGACAUAUGACUACCAUAUGUACAUACAUAAUGUAGACAGCACAACAGCAUACAACAGUCCACUGUAUGCUCCUGUUGGGGAGAGAAAGGACUACUGUGCAGAUGGGACAAUCAAAAACUAUCUCAACCUAGGGAUGCCUGCCUCCAAACUGCUGCUAGGAUUGCCAACUUAUGGCCGUACUUACACUCUCGGUGAAGCAGACAGCCACAGCCUCCACUCUCCAGCUGUUGGCAAGGGCAAGCCAGGACCAGUCCGGAAAUUAAGUGGGUUAUACACCUACCAAGAUGCAUGUACAGUGUUAAAAGGAUCUACACGUGUCUGGGACGACCAAUCAAGUGUUCCGUACCUCUACAGUGGAACAACGUGGGCAUCAUAUGAAGACCAAGAAAGUAGCAGUAAGAAGUGCCAGUAUGUGGUCAAUAACCGCCUCGGGGGUGUUGGAAUCUGGGCGCUUCAUCUCGACGACUACAACAACAUGUGUGGCCAAAAAGUCUUCCCCCUGGUGAGGGCAGUAGGAAGCUGUCUCACUAAAGGGAGAUCAGCCUACCUCAAAUAUCAACCACUGUCCAACAUAAUGACAAAUGAUGGCCACAAGUUUGGAUAUGUUUGAGAGAGUAUUAAGCAUCCAAUUUAUUUUAUGAAGAUGAAGAUCCUAAUUUGUUCCUGUGAUAGAUUUCAAUGCAGGAUUGAAUUUGUAAACAGUUUAUUUGUGCAAUCAAAUUGUUAUUAAUAUGCAAUAUCUGGGACCAUUUUUACCUGUGAUUGAAGUUCAAAGUGCUAUGUCAUUGUGUCAGGCUGUGAUUCAGCAGGUGACAGUUAUAGGGGUAGGUUAUGUCACAGGAACUUGGCAUGAAAAUCACAACCCACGGUCCAUAUAUAGAGACUAAAAUACAUAGAAUGGAUCAUGGGUUGGGAAUUCUAUACCAAGUCCCUGUGGCUAUGUUUGUACCUUCAACAUUGUAAUAUCGGACCCAUUUUAAUAUCUAACAGAGGCUAUAGGCUCAGAAGGGGUCUUAACAUUGAUGCCUAAAAGUCAAAUUUAUACAGGCCUAAGCUUUUCACCAUUUUGGAUGGAUCUGGACUGAAUAUAUAAUUUAAUACAAGUUUUAGGUUGCUUCAUGUUGAUCAUCUCUGUUGAAUAAUGUCCUAUUACAUCCGUCAAAGUUUUAGAUAUAAAAAU